AUGAAGUCGCGUCCCUUCUUUCCCGUGGCGGCGCUGCUGCUCGCGAUGCAGAUGAUCCUCCCGGUCUAUGGUAUUCCUAACUGUCCAUACCCGGGGCCGGCAUUCCCAAAGCCAACAGCACUUGCCUCUUCCGAUAGAAUUAAAACAGCGAUCGCAAACCUAACGGCAACCUUUGACGCUCGGGGUAUGGACCCGAGCACGAACCCAAAUGGCACGUCAUGGUCGAUUCAAGUGUUCUCUGCGUCCGAUCCAGAUGAAGACAAGCCUGUAUGGAGCCAUUACCACACAGCGACGGACCUUCUGGCAGCUGAUACCCCCGGUGUGAAAAGCAUUGACGGGAAUACCGUGUACCGACUCGGUAGUGUCACAAAAAUCUUUACCAUUCUUACGUUCCUGAUCGAGGCCGGAGACACGUAUUGGAACACGCCCGUAACGCAAUGGGUUCCAGAGCUCGAGUUACUCGCCGGAAAGGCACAAUACGACCCUAUUAUGAAUGUUGAUUGGGAUAGCAUUACGCUACAGGACCUAGCGAGCCAUAUGGCGGGUAUCGUAAGAGAUUAUGCCAUCGAGGGGGAAUUGACACAAGAGCAUAACCAAACCGUUCUACAAUCCCAGGGAUUCCCACCAGCGCCCAGAAACGAAACACCAGUGUGUGGGGAGGCUAUAAGGUGUAAUCGUGCCCAAUUUUUCUCUGGAUUAGCCGACGUCCCUCCAUCUUUCUCGCCAUCAUGGACAGCAGGAUAUUCGAAUGCGGGAUAUCAAAUAUUAUCUUACGCUCUCGAAGCCAUCACGAGGAAGCGGUAUGCGGCGAUGUUGCAGGCUGACAUUAUCGACAAGCUCCAACUCAAGAACACUUUCUACCAGAAGCCUGACGAUAAGCUCGGUGUCAUCCCCCAGGGCCAAGAAGACAAUUGGUCGUUUAGUAUCGGCGAGGCAAGCCCAACUGGGAAUAUGUACUCCUCAGUAGGCGACUUAUCGCGUCUCGGUCGAGCUAUCUUUCGGCAUACGCUCUUACCACCGGCGCAAACGCGUCGGUGGCUCAAGCCUACGGCGCUCACAUCCGACAUCCACGAAGGGAUUAGUUCACCGUGGGGUAUCCGGCGCAUCCCGCUAAAUGAUGGUAGCCGAGUAGUCGACGCGUAUAGCAAGGCCGGUAGUAUCAACGUGUACAUGUCGCUUCUGGUGCUGCUGCCCGACUACGACGUCGGCAUCACAGCGCUUCUAGCUGGCGGCUGGCCUGGAAACUCCAACUGGGACAUCGCGGACGCGAUCGGUGCGAUUCUUCUCCCCGCACUAGAGGAGACCGCGCGCGAACAGGCAGAUGCUUCGUAUGCGGGCACAUACACAGCAGAUGAUGGCCUAAAUAGCAGUUUAGUGCUGAGCACAGACCCGUCGCGCCCGGGCCUCGGAAUCGAGAAGUGGAUUAGCAAUGGCACGGACAUGAUCCCGAUCGCGAUACGGUACACGCUGAAUUACAACGUGACGGGGCCUGCUAUCCGGCUCUACCCGACGGGGAUAGAAACACAACCUCAGGGACAACAAGGGACUAGGAAGAUUGCGUUCAAGGCUGUGGUUGAGAACCUUGACAUCAAAGACCAUAGCGGCGACAUGUUCUCGACGAAUUGCGGUACGUGGGUUGGUCAGACGACGGCCGUGUAUGCGGAUAUGCCGCUUGACCAGUUUGUGUUUACGGUUCCGCGCGAUGGGAAGGCGGUUAGUGUUGUGCCGUUGGCGCUGAGGACGAGAUUGAAUAAGAAUGUAUGA